AUGGCCACCCCCACAUUGUCCGCCAUGAUCGACCCGACAAAGCAGGCCGAAUACCCAAUUGUGCUGGGGGAGAGGCUUGCUCGAAACUCAAACACGAGCCGACUGAUCAACGUCAACUACAACCACAAAUCCAAGUCCGCCACCUCACAACAACGGUCGACCAUAACUCACUCCCGAUCGGCCGACCUCUACGACCUCGCCGUUACUGAUAAGGCCCCGAACGCCGAUCAAACAUUGACCUAUUCAUACAAAGGCAGCGAGGACCCGUCGGCUGAGCGAAGCCUGGUUCUGAUCUUCGACCCGGAGCGCAAGGUCUUUGUUUUAGAGCCGGUCUCGACAACCUUGAACUUUAAUCUACGGUCGGCUCCAGGAAAGACGGAAAAGCAAGUCCGCGAGCAAUACGAACAACUACAGAUAAAGGAAGAGGAUGAACCAGCUACCUCGGGCGAAGACCGGCACGGAGGGAGCACCAGCGAGGAUGAGGGACCGGCCGACGAUAGCAAUCCUUAUGACUUCCGACAUUUCCUCCCGAAGAAUCGCCGAGAUGACAAGCCACCCUCAGGCCACAGCACCCCAGAACUUGCCACCAGCAGGGCCAGCACCCCUUUGAUGCCGGCUGCCAAACCCGCGCCUAGACCUGCACCUCGACCCACAACACAAACAAACCCACUACGACAGAAGAAACCACCAGCAAAAGCACCAGCCAAAGUACACCCGCCCGCGAAGCCAAGGGAGCCUGUCAGCUAUCCCGACCCGCCUGAACAUGAGGACUCUCGCUCGUCGCCGUCCGAUGCAGGCACGGGAUCACAACAAGCCGGGCAGUCUCCCGGCUCGAACAUCAUUGUCGACGGAGAUCUCAUUAUUGAUAUGGGAUCUCCACCUCCGCGCCCACUCGUGGACCGGACUUACUUCUCGGCUAAUAAUACCCCAGCAGAUGACGAUGGGGACGAAGACAUUGGGGAGUUUAGUCUGCCCUCCCCGGUCGGCAAUACAGACACGGCUACUCAAGAGGACGAAGUGGAAGAUGAUGAUGCUUUGGCGGCAGAGAUGGAAGCCGCUUUUGAACAAAGUGCGCGUGAAGAGGAGGCUCAGAGGCACCAUUACACUCAACCCACUACCAGGCAAUAUGUUCCCAGUGAUGAUGAGAGCGAGGUCAGUGAGGAGGAGUAA